AUGAAUGAAUGGAUGAGUAUGCAAGCAACUUGGACGAUGGACUAUAGAUGUGCUCAAAUCUACGGGAGUAGGGACUCCUUGAAAUGCCUCUCCCUUUAUCCGUUUGUUUUUAUUCUUUCUUAUAUUCAUCUAUCGCUACAUUCAUUUAUUUUCUGUCCAUCUCUUAAGUACAAAAUCAAAAUGUCAAUUCUUUCUUUAACUGGUAACUUGGAUGAAUUGAAUCUACCUGGUUAUGUAACCGAUAUAAUUAAAACCCAAGGCGAAAGCUCCUCAUCGCCUAUAUANNNNCCUAUAUAUAUAUAUUCGGUUACGAACUCGACUAAGAGAUUAAAAACCGUAGAUCCUACGGAGCGCAUGGAGUGCCAAGCAAUUCGACUAAGUCGAGAUAUUUGUGGUUGUAGCUGCCCAGAUGGUGUAUGUUUGCCGAAUCUAUGCCAGUGUGCGCUAAAUGGCAUAAAGUGCCGAAUAGAAUUCAAUCCCCUCCGUGUUCGAACACAUUAUUUUCACACAAGAAUGCGUCUGGAAAUGGAACGGCAAGAUCAGAAUACUCCCGAUCAAGAUGGAAAGCCCGAUGAGCCUCUCCCUAAGCGCCCUCGUCUCGGUGUGCCCAAUUCUGUGAGUUUCAUUUCAAUUAUUAAAAUUUUAUUUAGGGUUUCUUGGUUUGCUAUGGUUAUAAAGACCAUGGUUCAUCAGGAAAAUGGUUUUCAAGUUGAUAAUUUGAGACAAAAUGCGUUUGUGUUUAUGGAAAAUGAGACUGCAAAAACUUUCAACCAUACAAGAUAUAGGUGCAAAAAUCUAAAACUCAUAUUUGAACAAAACUAG